GGCGGCCAUGCAGAAGAGCGUGCGGUACAACGAGGGUCACGCCGUGCACCUGGCGCUGCUGGCCCGGCGGGAGGGCACGAAGAGCGGCUUCCUGGGCAAGCGGGCGGCGGAGGCGAGCCGCUGGCAGCCCAAGUGGUUCGCCCUCUACCAGAAUGUGCUCUUCUACUUCGAGGGCCGCCACAGCGGCCGGCCCGCCGGCAUGUACCUGCUGGAGGGAUGCACCUGCCAGCACAACCCCAGCGCCAACGGCACCCCCAACGCCAACGCCGACAAGCAGUACUACUUCACGGUUGUCUUCGGCCAUGAAGGUCAGAAGCCUUUGGAACUCCGAUGUGAAGAGGAGCAUGAUGGUAAAGAGUGGAUGGAUGCCAUUCAUCAAGCCAGCUAUUCAGACAUUCUGAUUGAAAGGGAAGUGUUAAUGCAGAAAUACAUUCAUCUGGUUCAGAUUGUAGAGACGGAAAAGAUUGCAGCCAACCAACUUCGACAUCAACUGGAGGAUCAAGACACAGAAAUUGAAAGGCUGAAAUCGGAGAUUAUUGCUCUCAAUAAAACGAAGGAACGAAUGCGACCAUAUCAGGGCAACCAGGAAGAUGAGGAUCCGGAUAUCAAGAAGAUUAAAAAGGUUCAGAGCUUUAUGCGGGGAUGGCUGUGUAGAAGAAAAUGGAAAACCAUUGUUCAAGAUUAUAUUUGUUCUCCCCAUGCAGAAAGUAUGAGAAAAAGGAACCAGAUUGUUUUUAACAUGGUUGAGGCGGAGUCCGAAUAUGUACAUCAACUCUACAUUCUUGUGAACUGUUUUCUCAGGCCGUUAAGAAUGGCUGCAAGUUCAAAGAAACCUCCUAUUAGCCAUGAUGAUGUUAGCAGCAUUUUUCUCAACAGUGAAACAAUCAUGUUUCUUCAUGAAAUAUUUCAUCAAGGACUGAAGGCAAGGAUAGCUAAUUGGCCUACUUUAAUUUUAGCUGACCUGUUUGACAUUCUGCUGCCGAUGCUGAAUAUUUAUCAAGAGUUUGUCCGUAAUCACCAGUACAGUCUCCAAGUCCUGGCAAAUUGUAAGCAGAACAGAGAUUUUGAUAAACUCUUGAAGCAAUAUGAAGCCAACCCCGCAUGUGAAGGGAGAAUGUUGGAAACGUUCCUUACGUAUCCAAUGUUUCAGAUUCCUAGGUAUAUUAUAACACUUCAUGAACUUCUAGCACAUACACCCCAUGAACAUGUGGAAAGAAAAAGUCUGGAAUUUGCCAAGUCAAAGCUAGAAGAAUUAUCAAGGAUAAUGCACGAUGAAGUGAGCGACACAGAAAACAUCCGGAAAAACCUUGCCAUAGAAAGAAUGAUCGUGGAAGGCUGUGACAUACUCUUGGACACCAGCCAAACUUUCAUUCGUCAAGGUUCUCUUAUUCAAGUCCCUUCAGUUGAGAGGGGGAAACUUAGCAAAGUUCGCCUGGGAUCAUUGUCUUUGAAAAAGGAAGGAGAAAGACAAUGUUUCUUAUUUACAAAGCACUUUUUAAUUUGUACAAGAAGUUCAGGAGGAAAACUGCAUCUGCUAAAGACAGGUGGUGUCCUCUCGUUAAUUGACUGCACCCUGAUUGAGGAAUCAGAUGCAAGUGAUGAUGAUUCGAAAGGCUCCGGGCAAGUGUUUGGACACCUGGAUUUUAAGAUAGUGGUGGAACCUAGCGAUGCUCCUCCUUUCACCGUUGUCUUGUUAGCACCGUCCCAUCAGGAAAAGGCCGCAUGGACAAGUGAUAUAAGUCAGUGUGUGGACAAUAUUCGAUGCAAUGGUUUAAUGACCAUAGUGUUUGAAGAAAACUCCAAAGUUACCGUGCCACAUAUGAUUAAGUCCGACACCCGCCUUCACAGAGACGACAUCGACAUCUGCUUCAGCAAAACAUUGAACUCCUGCAAAGUCCCCCAGAUACGAUAUGCCAGCGUGGAACGCCUCUUGGAGAGGUUGACUGAUUUGCGAUUUCUCAGCAUCGACUUCCUGAACACUUUUCUACACACAUAUCGGAUUUUCACAACUGCGGCUGUGGUUCUGGAGAAGCUGUCUGAUGUAUAUAAAAGGCCUUUCACCUCCAUCCCAGUCCGGUCCUUGGAAUUAUUUUUUGCUACAAGUCAAAAUAACAGAGGAGAAUACUUGGUGGAUGGGAAGUCUCCUCAUGUGUGUCGCAAGUUCUCCUCUCCACCGCCUCUGGCAGUGUCUCGAACCUCCUCUCCGGUGAGAGCCAGGAAACUGUCAUUGACUUCUCCCAUGAACUCAAGAAUAGGCGCUUUGGAUCUCUCCACUUCUUCCACUGCCAGCAGUCCUACUUCUACUUUCAGUCCCGCUACAUCCCCGCCAGCCAAUGCUGGUAAAGUACCACUGGAUCUUAGCCGAGGCCCUUCUUCUCCUGAACAAAGCCCUGGUGCCCUAGAAGACAAUUCAGAGAACCCACGCGUAGAUCUGUGUAACAAGCUACGAAGAGGCAUCCGAAGAGCAGCUGUCCUAGAGUCUGCGUCGCUGGACCGACCGAUUCCUGAGAGUGCCCCGCCUGCGGAUACGGCAGAACUAUCCCCCUGCAGAUCCCCCUCCACCCCUCAUCAUCUCCGCUACCGCCAGCCAGGGCAGGCUGCUGACAGCACCCACUGUUCCGUGUCUCCAGCCUCAGCUUUCGCCAUUGCCACGGCCGCAGCGGGACAUGGAAGUCCACCAGGAUUUAACAACUCUGAGAGAACGUGCGACAAAGAGUUCAUAAUUCGCAGGGCAGCCACCAACCGAGUCCUGAAUGUUCUCCGCCACUGGGUCUCAAAGCACUCUCAGGAUUUUGAGCUAAAUAAUGAACUGAAGAUGAAUGUCCUAAAUUUAUUGGAAGAAGUUUUACGAGACCCUGACCUCCUCCCCCAAGAGAGGAAAGCCACGGCCAAUAUCCUGAGGGCUCUUUCUCAAUAUGAAGAAGACGAUGCCCGUCUUAAAAUAGAAGAUUUAAUUCAAGCGUCAGACUGUGCCAAGGCCGAGUGCUUUGAAACCUUAUCAGCUAUGGAGCUGGCAGAGCAGAUAACCCUCUUAGACCACAUCGUUUUCCGAAGUAUCCCCUACGAGGAAUUUCUGGGACAAGGUUGGAUGAAAUUGGAUAAGAGCGAAAGGACGCCCUACAUUAUGAAAACGAGCAAACACUUUAAUGAUAUGAGUAACCUAGUAGCCUCCCAAAUCAUGAACUACGCUGAUGUCAGCUCUCGGGCGAACUCGAUUGAGAAGUGGGUGGCGGUAGCUGACAUCUGCCGCUGUCUGCACGAUUACAACGGGGUGCUGGAGAUCACCUCGGCCUUGAACAGAAGCGCGAUCUACAGGCUGAAGAAAACCUGGGCCAAAGUGUCUAAACAGACUAAAGCUCUCAUGGAAAAACUUCAGAAGACGGUAUCGUCUGAAGGGAGAUUUAAAAACCUUAGAGAAACACUCAAAAAUUGUAAUCCUCCUGCUGUUCCCUAUCUUGGGAUGUUUUUAACGGAUCUGGCGUUUAUUGAAGAAGGAACACCCAACUUUACCGAGGAAGGUCUCGUAAACUUUUCCAAAAUGAGAAUGAUCUCGCAUAUUAUCAGGGAGAUACGUCAGUUCCAGCAGACUUCUUACCGGAUAGACCAUCAAGCCAAGGUCACUCAGUACCUACUGGACAAGACUCUCAUCAUAGAUGAAGAUACGCUGUAUGAGCUAUCGCUGAAAAUUGAACCUAGACUCCCUGCUUGAAGAGCCAGCUUUGUCCAUGAGUGUGCAGAGAGCUUUAGUGCUAAAGGACAGAUCUGUGCAUGCCACACCCUCCGGAAUGCUAGGGGAAGAGGAGUGAGGAUGACACGGCCUCCGAGAAAUCCCCUCGUCAGGCAAGGAAAACACUGCUGCCACUGCUGCUGCUGCUGCUGCUGCAUGGGAUGGAGGAAAGGCAAAAAGACUUCAGACUUGGGAGCGGGUCGUGGGGUUGGUGUCAGGGGAUUAUUACUUGGCAAAACAUAACGAUUGCAUUGAGGUAACAAGCAUCUAGAGAAGAACUGAGACUUUCUGGAACCUAUAUGCUAGUAGCCCACUCCCCUGGGAUUAGUUAGGGAAGGAGACAAAUCUAAACCCCAUAGUACGUUCCAGUCGAUUCAAGUGCUCCGGCAGAGGGAGGAGGAACGACAGGCCUCCGGGUUUGACGGUUUUCUGGGCAUGCUGCUCUCACCAUUGUGCAUCUACUGACCCAUUCCCGGGAGUUUUCUGCUUUUGUAUUUUUUUAACUGCAAAUAGUAGGUGCCUAACAGAAAAAAAAAAAUGUAACUCACAUUUGAUGGAGACCGAACAACUUCGUGGCAGGUUUGAAUCUUCCAGCAUGUGCGCAGUUUCAAAAGUGUUGUAAAUAUUUAUAUCUAGAGAAUAAUAUUAUGUUCUUUAGUGGUCUCACCCGUGUUGGGAGUAGGCAGAAUUGGGAGGGGGUAGAGUAAACGUUGAAAAUCAAGUUGACUUUAUACAUUCAACUCCUUAAGUAAAACCUAGGGAGCUGCUUGGUUUGACUAAUGCGUGGCUGACCUGGAAU